AUGGCUUACUUUGCUGAUUUCAGCCUCACCACGUUUUGGCUAAAAGAAACGAGACUCAAAUCCACUCGAGGCUGGCUCUUGGAUGAACUAAUGGAAUGGAAGGACAUUCAUAAUCAGUCUUGUGUUUAUUGGCUGUCGGGCGUAGCAGAUGUAGGGAAAUCUGUCAUAGCUGGUUCCUUUUCAGAUCAGCAACCAAACCAAUUGGCAGCCCACUUCUUUUGUAAGCACGCCGAAAUUGCUCGUAAUGGACCGUUACGGAUAAUCGCAACAUGGGCAUUCCAGCUAGCAUCGUUUGAUCUGGAUAUUGGGAAGGCUUCAAAUGACAUUUAUCAAGCAGAACCAAACUUUCUCAUCAAUAUGCCAUCAAUCGGUCGUCAAUUCGAACAGCUUAUAGUGAGACCGCUAUCCAAGUAUUGUGGUGGUAAAGCCGUUAUAUUGUUAGAUGCACUGAAUGAGUACGUCUCGUGUGAGAACGGACGCAUAGAUGUAGUUAGCAAGAGGAGGCUCGACAGAGGUCGCACAGGUCUUGUCGAGAACGGUGUUGACAUCAAUUACCAGAGCAAAUACUUGGGAACCGCCAUCUUUGCUGCAUCAUUUUAUGGAGUCGAGGAUAUGGUCUUAUACCUUCUCAACAAUAGAGCAGACUCUGGACUUGGCUGGGACGCAGAAGGCAUAGAGUUAGAGGGCCUUAAGUUGCCAUAUGUUCCAGUUGAAUGGACUCCGCUGCUCGUUGGUGCAGUAAACGACCUCACGGAAAUGGUACAGCUGAUGGUAGAAUAUGGAGAAAUAUUGAAAGAACCACGCCAAUUGGACUUUCCAUGGAUUGGGUUUUGGGGAAGUGAUCUUGAUGAUGUGGAUGUAGACAGGGUCACGGCAUUACAUUGUGCCAUAAUGAACAAGGCCAUACAGACUUUUGAGGCCUUGCUGGAGCUUGGAGCCAACGUGAACAUAGCUGAUAAUGCGGGUAAUACUCCCUUGCAUGAGGCUGCUAAAGAGAACGCUGCAAAUAUGAUCUCGCUGUUGGUGAAGGCGUGUGUCGCCAAGAGUAACGUGAAUAAAUUAGGAAUGACGCCUUUCCAGGAUGCUCAAAAGGCAGGAUUUACUAAUAUAUUACAACUUUUGAAGUAA